CAAUAGGGGAACUAAGUUAUGAGUUCGGCCACAGUAAAGCAAACCCAGAGAAGCACAGGAAAGAAAAAAAAACCUCCGCCAGCUCCACUGCUUUAUGGUGCAACACCUUUCUGCCCAACAAGUCUGUCACAUAACGGGAGUUGUCCUUCCACAGCAAAAGCAGCAUUUCACCAGAAACAGAUCAAAGACAUUCCAGACUUCCUAACACCUGAAUCAUGUUGGCAAAAAAGCUGGUGACUGCACAGAAGCGAGGAGAGACGAGGGCCCUAUGUCUGGGACUGGGAAUGGUCGCGUGCUCCAUGAUGAUGUACUUCUUUAUUGGGAUUACAAUUGUGCCAUUCUACACUAAAAGUGUUUGGACAACAGAAACCAUAUGCAAGGUCCUCAAAGCCAACAUCAAGGACAAAGCCCUCUGCCCGAACAGCGAAAGCUCAGAGGAUGAAGAUAUCUUUCACUACCCUUGCCUACAGGUGUGGGUUAAUCUGACAGCCUCAGGACAAGAGGUCAUGCUGUAUCACACUGAAGAUACCCUGGAAAGAAAUCCAAAGUGCUCGUAUGUCCCCGGCAACUCCGAGAACUCCAAAGAAGUGAAAGCACGAAUAGAAACAAUUGCAAACAAUUUAAAAAAAUAUCAGACUUUCCCAUGCUACUAUGACCCAGGAGGAAUGCAGAGCAAUGUCAUUUUAAGCAGACUUUAUCCCCCCAAAGGCCUCCUCUUCACUUUCCUUUGGCCCACGCUCAUGUUUACCGGUGGAUGUCUGAUUAUUGUCCUGGUAAAGAUCAGCCAGUAUGUUUCUGUUCUUUCUGCUCGGCAGUAGAAAGUAAAUAUCUCACAGACUGUUGCUACCUAUUAAAGUGCCUUUGUUCUGUCUUGGCA